UAUAUGAUGAAGCUGGUGGGGUUUCGGACAUGGGACACGCCCAAUUAUGGCCUCAAGAUGAAAAUGUACGAGAAGAACAACACCAUGUCCUCGGUGACGACAGUGCGCCAAGAUGUGGCCAUACCACUGUGGCAGCUGGUGCUGCUGCAGCAGCCACGCAAACGGAGCGCCGGUGGCUCGUCCUCGCGCACCGAACUGCCGCGCACCCUGUACAAUUCCACGGUAAAGACAUGUGACUUCUGGAAGUACAUGCGACAUGUGUCCGCCUGGAACAAUGCGGCCAAGCUGAUGCUCUCGAAGGGGGCCAGCAACAUGAGUCUCGCCUGUCCGAUGAAGGCAGGUGUCUACAUGAUGAACAGGAUUCAGGUGCCACCGGACACGGCCCUCCUGAAGUUCAUGUAUCAUCCCAAUACCCUGUACACGCUGGAGGGCACUGUCUAUGGCCUGAGCCCCAAGGACGGUGUGACCAAGCGAAAGCUCUGCAAGUAUGAGGUCAAUGCAACCAUUUUCAAGUCCUGCUAA